GGGCGGGGCGAGCGGCGGGAGCGCAGCGCAGGGAGCGGACGGGCCGGGAGCGGCUGUGGCGGCGGGAUGAGGAUGCGCGGGCUGUGGGUGCUGGUGCUGCUGCUGGGGCUGGCUCAGAUCGCCCUCCUGGCGCGGGGCGCGGCCGCACAGGAGGAGGAUGGCGACGGAGAAUCUGUUACAAAAGAAGCUGACGAUGAAGGUGAUGAUGAUGACGAUGAAGAAGAUGAGGAAGACGAUGAUGAUUCUGUAGUUAAAGAGGAGAAUGGUGUGUUAGUCCUGAAUGAUGCCAACUUUGACACCUUCACUGCAGACAAGGACACCGUGCUGCUGGAGUUCUACGCACCAUGGUGUGGGCACUGCAAGCAGUUUGCUCCUGAGUAUGAGAAGAUAGCCAAAGCUCUGAAGGAAAAUGACCCUCCUAUUCCUGUAGCCAAAAUAGAUGCUACUGCUGCCACUUCACUGUCGAGUCGUUUUGAUGUCAGUGGCUACCCAACCAUCAAAAUCCUGAAAAAAGGCCAAGCUGUUGACUACGAUGGGUCUCGGACAGAAGAGGCUAUUGUGGCCAAAGUCAAGGAGGUUUCUGACCCCAACUGGACCCCUCCACCCGAAGCUACUCUGGUAUUGACCCAGGAUAAUUUUGACGAAGUUGUGAAUGAUGCUGACAUAAUCCUGGUGGAGUUCUAUGCUCCAUGGUGUGGCCACUGCAAGAGGCUUGCUCCAGAGUAUGAGAAGGCUGCCCAGGAGCUCAGCAAGCGCACGCCUCCCAUCCCCCUGGCUAAAGUCGAUGCCACGGCUGAAACCGAGCUUGCAAAGAAGUUUGAUGUCACUGGCUACCCAACCCUCAAAAUCUUCCGCAAGGGCAAGCCUUACGACUACAGCGGUCCUCGGGAAAAAUACGGUAUUGUCGACUACAUGAUUGAACAGGCUGGUCCUCCAUCCAAACAGAUUCAGGCUACCAAGCAGGUUCAAGAAUUUCUGAAGGAUGGAGAUGAUGUCAUCAUCAUUGGUGUCUUUAGUGGAGAGAAUGACAAAACCUAUCAGCUCUAUCAGGAAGCAGCUAAUGGUUUGAGAGAAGAUUAUAAGUUCCAUCACACCUUCAGCAAUGAGAUUGCAAAACUAUUGAAAGUUUCUCCAGGAAAACUGGUUGUCAUGCAGCCAGAAAAAUUUCAAUCAAAGCACGAGUCCAAGAUGCACGUUCUGAAUCUUAAAGACUCUACAGAUGGAUCUGAGAUUAAAGAGCACGUGCUAAAACAUGCUUUGCCUCUGGUUGGUCAUCGCAAGCCUUCCAACGAUGCCAAGAGAUACUCCAAGCGUCCUCUGGUGGUUGUCUACUACUCUGUGGACUUCAGUUUCGACUACCGUGUUGCUACUCAGUACUGGAGAAGCAAAGUCCUGGAAGUGGCUAAAGACUUCCCUGAAUACGUGUUUGCUGUUUCUGAUGAGGAAGAUUAUUCUUCUGAAAUAAAGGAUUUGGGCCUGCUUGAGAGUGGAGAGGAUGUCAACGCUGCCAUUCUGGAUGAAGGUGGCAAGAAGUAUGCCAUGGAGCCAGAGGAGUUUGACUCUGAUGUACUCAGGCAGUUUGUGGUGGCAUUCAAAAAAGGAAAACUGAAGCCAAUUGUGAAGUCCCAGCCAGUGCCAAAAAAUAACAAAGGGCCUGUGAAAGUGGUAGUGGGUAAAACUUUUGAUACCAUAGUGAUGGAUCCAAAGAAUGAUGUUCUCAUAGAGUUCUAUGCCCCAUGGUGUGGACACUGCAAGAAACUAGAACCAGUGUAUAAUGAGCUAGGCAAAAAAUACAAGAAUGAGAAAAAUCUGAUUAUAGCCAAGAUGGAUGCUACUGCCAACGACGUGACGAAUGACCACUACAAAGUGGAGGGAUUCCCCACCAUCUACUUUGCUCCAAAGGACAAGAAGAACAACCCAAUUAAAUUUGAAGGCGGGGACAGAGAUUUAGAGCAUUUGAGCAAAUUUAUAGAGGAGCAUGCAACAAAACUCUCCAGAACAAAAGAAGAGCUUUAGAUAAGAUGAGGGUGGAGAAGAAAAGUUGUUUGUACAAUGUAGUUAAAAUCAAGUUACUGACAAAACUUGGUGAGAGAAGAAUUAAGCAGUUUUGAGCAAAGAGAUUCUUGAGCAGUAAAGCAAUUUAAGUAUCUUUUUUUUUUUUAUAUGGCAGAUGAGUUUUUUUCUGGACACUGAACUUAAUACUCUAAUAUGAAUGUCUUAUGUUAGUUACGGUUUUGAUCUUUGGAGAAAAAUACAUCCUUUAUUUUUUGUGACUAUCUUGAGCUUUGUUCUUUGACUCCAAUGCAGCUGUUUUAAGUUAAAGGAUACUACCAAAAAGAGAGAAGCAGAUCCCUCAGACAAACAGAUUUGGCUUAUUUGUUGUUAUGGUUACUGGGGGGACCUGUCUUUUCAGCUAGUGUUUUCUGUUAUGUUUCUUUGUACCUAUUCAUGUGACCCUAUCACUGUAUUCAUAGCUGAGGAUAAGAAUGGAAGUUUUCUAAAGUGUGGAUGAAUUAUUUGGUCCUACUGAGAUAAGAUACAGGGACUUGCUAACUAAAUAUGCUCUAGAUCUGUUUUAGCCUCUCUGUAGAGAGGGUGAUGCUAAAAUAGCAAGUUUUUCUAAUGUACCUCUCUUUACUAGUCCUUAUUGAUCCAUUCACAUCUCAGUCUUCCUGAAUAUGUUUUGGAGUAAUUGGAGUAUGGCACAAAAAGAGCAUCUAGUGGGUGGAAAUGCUGGGAUUCUGGUGUCAGAUGUAUGUGUUACUGUCUCCUUUCCUUUUGCAGAGAGGAAAGUUUGAUAGUGAUUCUUCUUUGGGCAAGCAGACUGAGACCUUCUAACAGCCUUUAUUCCUCUAGCAGGUAUUGCAGGUACAAAGAAUAAUCACAUCCUCACUGUGCUGCCCUUGGGAGUAUAUGCAUUUAAAAGUGGGUUUUUAUCUUGAAUGGCCCAGUUUAGAUAUGCCAAUAAAUUUAUGGGCCAUGUUGAGGUUGCAGACCUAUGCACCCUGGAAGCACUGUCUGACCCUUCUCAGAGCUGUGAGGCUGUGGUGUGUGCGACUUGAAUGUCCCUGGGGCAGUUUUGAUUCACAUUUUGUUUUACAGGUAGUUCUUCUCCUAGCAGCACUGUUUGCUGUCUUGCAAAAUACGACCAGUCUUCCUUCGGUAAUUGCUUGUUGUGUUAGUUUUUAGAUUUUUGGCGAGUUUGGGCCUGCUGCAAACAAGCAGCCAGUGGUUUUAGAUCUGCACAAUCUUUUUUCUUUCUUCUGGGGAGAUGUAUUCUGUGUAGCAAGGAUAAACCCAUGGCCAGGAGGUGGCUGUUCAGGUAGAGUCUGGGGACCCAAAGGGACUGCAAGGGGGUACGUAGUCCUUAUACUUUUCUACUGCAUUUGGCAUCCCUAUAUCCCUAUGGAAGGGGUGUCCUUCCCUUCUGCCUUAAGGGGGGACUGUCCCCCACUGUUAACAACCCACACAGCAAAGCAUAACUAUCAAAUAAUUCCUGCAGAGGUGUAUGGGACUGCAGGAAGGCUUUCCCUUAAUUAAUGGCUUAGCCAAAGAUAGUGAACAAAGCUCACCAGCAUAUUAUGGGUGAGAGGGACAGUAUCAAAUCUCCUGGUAGUGCUGGGGUGUGCCUGAAUGCUAUUCAGCUCCUACUCUUUAUCAGCAAAAGGUGGGAAAUGCUAAGCAAGUAAGUGUUAAAGCAGUGUCAUCAUUUACCUCAGGCCCUGGCAUUGUCCAUCUCCUCUUUUCACAUUAGAGAGCUUUUUCUUUCUACUGUCCUUAAGUGGACAGAUGGCUGUUAAGCUUAGACAGUAUUUCAUCUGCAAGACUCUUACCAGAUAAAGUGCAUUAUCUUCCCAUCUACUGUCAUUUCCCUUUGCAGCUCUUCUGCAGAGCUUUCAAAAGCUAUAAUCUAUUCUAAAUGUGUUGUGCAGGCAACAGGAGUGAGGUGAGACUUAGCUGAACACCAGAGGUGAUUUUUUUCAGCUUUAGAAAAUAUAUAUACAAGUCAAGUAACUAGUUCAGUCCUAUCUGCCAGUGUUAUUAAUUCAGUUCUUCAAAGAACUAGGCACAGGCUUUUAAAAUCAGUUCUUAAAACAUAGUCCAGCAAAUACCUCACACACUGCUGUGGGGGACUAAAUUGCUUCUUGUUAGUUGUUUGCAGAAUUAAAGGGUUUUGUUUUGAAACAGCUGCUGUCUAACAGGGGAAUAUGGAUAAAUAUGGAACUUGUAGAAAGGAGGGUGAAGAGUCCCUUAUUGGUGGUGAAGGACUUCAGUCAGGGCUGAGGCACCAUUCUCCUUGGGACAGUAAGGGUUAAAGUCGAGCAAGAGCAUUUCUCACCUCUCUUCUGACAGGUGCAAAAUUAUUAACAUUUUCAUUGCCAAUGCUGCAGUGUUCCUUUAAACUGCUUCCUCCCACAGGAGCCAACCCCUCUCUGGGGUGAAACCUCUGCAGCCUCCAGGGAGCCCCUCUGGCAAUAGAGGACACAAGGCCCAGGGGAGUGUCCCAGAUGUGCUGGCUCAGUGCUCCUGCCACUUCUCUCUCUUCUCCUUGGUACACAAGCAGUUCCUUCAGUAUGGUGCUGAAACCCUGACUCUUGUUCAGGAGCAGUAGUGCUUGAGUCAGAGCUGAAUAGGAAUACAGUAAUUAGUACUGCUUGCAGUUUCUUGACAACAGUAAGCUGCAAGAGCAGGCAGUGUUACCCCAAGCAGGUUAUGGAUUUAGGUUAUGAGCAGUAGAGGGAAUGAGGAUUUGUUCCAUCCUUACACUGGUGUCACCUGGCCACAUUUCCUGUGAGUCCUCAGCUGUGCCACUCACCUUGGCAUUUGCGUGUCAUAAUAAAUGUAUUUAUAACUCCCCAGCAAGAUGACGAUACUGCUGCCUCUAAGCUUUGGGCAGAGUCACAGUGGAAAGCAAAUUGCUUUCCUUAGUUCAAGUAUCCUGUCCUUUGCUGUGUUCACUGUCAACAUCACAUGAACCCUCUGUGAAACUCACUGGGAUGGAUACACUGUGAGGUUUGUCAUCUUUGUCCAGAAAGUGAUAUUAAUGUGAUUGAUGCAUUCUAAGGAGAACAGGUCAUACCAUCUUUUGGAAUUUGUCAAAGGCAUUAUGCAAGCCUGCUUUUUCCUUCCUGAUGCAUUAGGAUGCUUUCCUAAACAUUACAAAUUAUUUUAUUAAAGAGUUACCUAAGUUCUGCUGAUUAA